UUGAUUAUUUUUUUUCUUUCUUUUUUUUUGAGAAAUUCACACAAGAUUUGCAAACUAAUUUCGUUUUUAAUAAAUACCUAAUAAUUAUUAUAAUCUAAAGUUAUUGUAUUCGAAUAAAAUGGUUUUAAAGAUCUCGAGAACUUUUCACAGUUGAAUUUCUUAUCAAUGACCAUCACCAUAUCAGUGUUUUGAACUUUCAUCGCAAUGAUUGAAUGAUCAUCUUUAAUUUUUCGUAUAAUGAAUGUAAAAUUGUCACCGGCGUCGUAAACUUUCCAAAGAAAACGAUAUUUUGAUAAAGUAUUCAAAAUGAGCGCCUCGCCGCCGAUUGAUUUGCAAGGAAUUCAUCUGCUGUUCAAUGAAACCCUACCAACAGCACAAGAAAUAUCUUCUAUGAAAAUAGCUAUUUCCUUAUGGUAUAAUUUCUUCUUCAAUGGGACAUUCAACGAAGAAGAAGAUGAACUGGGCGACUCGCUUAACGAAAAAUAUCGCGAAGAAGUAGAGAAAUCUAUACAGCAUCUUACUUCUCCUCAUCUCAUCCAAGAGCUCAUCAAAGAAUGUCUGUUGAAAGUCGAAAAUGAACUCGAUAGUUGGAUCGGUUACAGUAAAUACGAAACGUUACCACGAGAAAAAUUAAUCAUUUGUCGUCCCCAUCUCAAGUGUUGCGUUUGGCACUCGGAUGGCCGAAUAGAUUACAAGAAAACCGCCCAAAAAAUGCUGUUAUUGACUGACUUGACGGACGUGGAGAAAUUCGGAAUCAUGUGUAAAUAUUGUUUAGAAGAUGAAAUAAAAACCCUGUCUCCAGAUUUCGAACUCGACAGUUUUUUCGAAGAAAUUGAUUACGACAACAGCCCUCUUACGUUUUAUUGGAUGAAUUACUUGAAUAACGAGCUACAUAAAUUACCAACUAGUGAUUCGUCCGAAUCGUUGGCCAGUUUCAUUAUGGUGAGUCAGAACGAAGUUGAUAAUUGGUACGCUAUCGAGUAUUUUUGGGAUCGUUUGAGUGAACCAGAUCAAAUCACGAAGACAAUCGAGUUGUUGACCAAAUGGCCCACUAUCCGGUUCCAGAAACGUUUGCUGGCUAAAAUGAACGAAUCGCAGUUACGUGAAAUUCUUCUCAAGAUACCAGUCGAUAUCAUAGUGAAUUUUUGGACUCGUUUAUCCGAGCCUGAGACAGCGUUUGCAAUAUGGACCCGGAUCAAGAAUUCGAUGACCGGUGAACAGUUUGCGUCGCUGGUGGAGAAGAUAUUAGAUGAGAGGCUUUUCAACGAGGAUUAUAUACCUGUGAUGGUCAAGUUGUGGGAAUCAGCCUACGAUCAUCAGAAGAGAUACUUACUCAAUGAGAGGAAAGAGGUACUUAUAAAGUAUUAUUUCAUGCCUACGUUUUGCUCCCUACCUCAUAGUUUGAGAUUCUUGAUGGCUACGUUGUCUUAUUCGUCGCCCAGCUACAGAAAGGAUAUUAUAUUGGAACACGGUGAUAAUUUAAUGGUUAAUGAUCAUUUUUCCGAAGUUGGUAAAAUCAUCAAGCUUUGUAUACCAGACGACGAUGAAAUCACGCAGUUUAAGAAACAAAUGAUGAAAUCAACCAUCGUCAGAAAUCAUUGCAAUCGAUUAUUCGAAAACGGAGAGUUCCAAUAUUUAAAUAAAUUCGUCGAAUUUUACUCCCCCGACGAGUCUACGAUGAUAAAUUUCAAGAAACAAAUUCUAGAAUCGAAUAAAACCGAUUCUGUGUUCAUUUUUAAACCCAGCAGAUGGUCUGAGCUUGAGAAAUUGGUCGAUGAUGUUUAUUCCGAUGUAUCGUUCGCUACGAAUGUUAAAAAACAAUUGAUUCUAUCAUCUGGAAUGAGUUGUUUUUACGACUGGACGAACCUCGAUUUGUUACAGCAAUUGAUCGAGAUCACAAAUCAAUUUUUAAAUAACCACGAGAUGACCGAAUUGAAAGAGACGUUAUUGCGUAAAUUUCGAGAUGUACUUAUGGAUGGAUAUUAUUGGAAAUCAUUCGAUGAAACGUACUGGAAAGAAUUUUCUAGCUGGUGUUUGUGCGAUGAAGAUAAGAUCAAACAAUUCAAGACGACGUUGCCUGUGGACGAGAUUUUUGAUAAAAUCAUGGAGAUAAUGCUGAUGAGGUAUAUUUAUGAGGACGAGUUCAACGUGAAUAUGCUCCAAGUGAUGGAUAAAUUCUUGAAAUGGUGCCUGGUAGAGCCUCAAUUUGUGAAGGAGUAUAAAUUACGACGAAUUUUCGCCUUCAAAGAUGUGGAAAUUAUUGAAGCUUCGAUUGCCAGAAGAGAAGAGCAGUAUACUACGAUUUUGUUGACCUGGUUUUUGGAUAACGAUCAGCAACAAAUUUCCGAAUUCAAAUCCAAAUUUAGCGACGAGAAGGUUUCGAAAAUGAUUUAAAUUCGAUUUUUUUACCCGUCGUUCAAUACCUACGUACCAUUUAAUAUCUAUUAAGAUGUAUUUUUUUUUUGAGUAAAUUUUUCAUCGAUUCUUAA